GCGACCGUGAUUCAAUUACGGAAUAUGCCCUUAGUAGGUGCUUACAUUUUAAGAAGAAGCCUUUCCCAAAAAUUGAACUUUCUAGGUCUAGUGGUUUAGGUUGGGCAUCAAUUAUCUCUAUGUCAGUGAGUCAGGAUUUAUUAUACACAGAGAUAAUACUAGCAUACAGCUGUUAGCCUUUAUAUUGUACUGAUUAUCGACUAAAAAACAUGAAAAUGAAAAAACUGCACAAAUAGCGUAUGAAAUCUUGAUUGCGUCAACGUUAGAUUAAGAACAACCAAUCCCAGAAUAAAUUGAUUUGUUCCAAUGAAAUCCUUAAAAUUCUGCUAAGUGCACUAUCUGAUAAGAAACUUUAAGCUGAUUCGCAGUAGAAAUAUUCAGUUUAAGAGUGUAGUUAACAGUUUAGUUUGUAUUAAUCAUUGAUAAAACGAUUCACCGCUUCUAUUACUCAUGAUUUUCAUAACUUGAAAUCUAAGAUGGUCGUACUUCCGUCCACAAUUUAGAAGUGCCAACUGAAGCCAGAAGAUGGCCGGCGGAAGUUUCCAAGCCCCUUGAAGAUAGGCAACACGUAAUACCAGAGAGAGAGAGAGAUCACGUCAGAGUCGAAAACUAGCACAUUUCUGCGCAUGCGGAAGACAUAUGGAUAGUAUGGAAGGAAGGACAGAGUUUAAGCCAUAGGGUGCGUUACGUGAUAGUAUCAUUAAAAUCAGCUAGAAUACUGUUUCGUAGACUCGUGGAAAUUUACUGAGGCUUUAAGCUAAAGUUGGAACAAAAAGAAACUUUCGUACAAUUUAAGCAAAGUGAUACAUAACGGCGCUACAAAUUUGACUAAAAUCGCCGCAUUGUGGGACUGCCAUUCAACUGCUACUGAUGUACAUAAGGACGCGGGAUUAAGCAGCAAAGAAUAGGAAUUCGUAAUUCCCUAGCUUUGACUUUUACUUGAAUAUCAGUCGUAUAGGCGUAGGUGCGCUCUGGGUGCCGUGGGUAUGAUGCUGUGUAUAUUAAUAGUUUAAAAAAAAAUAAUAAAGCGGUAAAACGAAAAUUGGACAAUAUGGAUUGUAUCAUUUCGCCCAGCCCACGUAGAAAUUUAAUGCAGUACAAGUCUCCUGAACAUUUGGCACCACCUCCUAUGCUGCUACCACUUCAUUCACAUGAUGUAGUCGAUGGAAAUGACUAUCAUUUUGAAGAAGCAAGAUUACGCAGUUACAGAAAUUGGCCAUUGGAUUAUAUGGAUCCUGCAAUACUAGCCAGAGCUGGAUUUUUCUAUACAGGAGAGGGUGACAAAGUCACAUGCUUUGAAUGUCAUGUUAAGAUAUGUCAAUGGGUAGAAGGAGACAAUCCUAUGGUUGAUCACCAGAGGUGGUCUGCAAGGUGUCGAUUUAUUAGGAAGAUUCCUUGUGGAAAUGUACCGAUUGGAAUAGAUCCUUCUGCUAUACCUCCACCUGCGCCAAGAAGUCGAGAUGUAUGUGGUCCUUACGGUAUUGAAUGUAGAUUACAAUCAGGCCCGGAUACGCUUUCAGAUCCGUCAGAUUUUAAACUUACAAGUUCUGCUAAACUAGGUAGUCUUGGUAUAGGCAAAUCAAAGGCACCUGCAUAUCCAGAAUAUGUUAGCUAUGAUGCAAGGCUAAGAUCGUUUGAUUCGUGGCCUAAAUGCAUGCCACAUAGUAAGGAAGAGUUGGCUAACGCAGGAUUUUAUUACACUGGGAAAGGUGAUCAGACACUGUGUUAUCAUUGUGGCAGAGGGCUCAAAGAUUGGGAGCCUGAAGAUAAUCCGUGGGAGCAGCACGCAAAAUGGUUUUCAAAAUGUUACUACUUACUUCUAGUAAAAGGACAAGAUUAUAUCAACAGUAUUACAGGAUUACAAAUGUCCUCUCCGUCCAAAGAGGAGGCAAUGCAUAUGAACCUUCCAAAUUGCAUUAGCAUGCCUGAAGCGUCAACUGAAGCUAUUGCAGAAACAACAUCAGUGGCAGCAACAAAAUCAUCAGAAACUUUAGAAGAAUCGGCAACGUUGUUUCAGAGCACUGUGGUCGAAAGUAAUCCGGGUCCAAGCCAAUCGAGUCAAAGUAGUCCUUUGGACAGUGGAUUUACCAGCCUAGAAUUACAAGGUAGUAGUCCGAAAGAUGGAGCAGUUAUAAAAUCGUCACAACGCAAAUCAACUGUUGACGCAAGAAUAUGUAAAAUAUGUUAUAAUGAAGAAUUAGGCGUGAUAUUUCUACCUUGUGGACAUAUAGUUGCUUGCGUUAAGUGUGCACCGGGUAUGACAUUUUGUGCAGUAUGCCGCAAAUCAAUCGCUAUGUCAGUGCGUGUUUUCGUUUCUUAGUACUCAUAUACUGUGUUUUCAAAAGAUCUGAGUGUAGCGUGAUGUAGCUACAUUGCAACGAUACAUAUGGCGUUUUCAUUGUACAGGACACACGGUUACUUGUCCUAAGUACACACUUGACAGAACAUUUUGUGGUGUAUGUCAAAAGUGAAUCGUUAUGACAGUGCCAGCCUUUUUCUCACAGUUUUUCAUAUUGUAUCGCGUACAGACUGUUUCAAUGAAGAAAUUGCACUGCAUAUGAAGUGUUCGCCACCAUAUUGCAAAAUUCUUAGCAAAACACUGUGUAUAGUUAGUUACAAAAAUAUAUAUAUAAUGCUGACAUGACAUGACUCAUGUUAUGCAGAAGUUUGCAGGUACUAAGUAUGUAUCUGGAUCUAACAAUUAUACUUUAAAGUCAGUGCUUACAGUUAUAUGUACAGUAUGGAUGUUAUUUUCAAAUGUCUUGCAUUAAUUCUAUAUUGAGGACUAUGAUGCAAAGUUAGUGCUUGCACCUGUGUAUUGCUAUUUGUACAUAGGCUUCAAAAUUUGCUCAAGGCAUUUCCCCUUCGAAUAACAAAAAAAAUAUUGGAACAAAAAAGAUAUUUAUUAAUGCAAAUAGCAGUAUAACAUGAUGUCUAGUCAUUGGACAGUAUUACACACAGAGUGAGACAAAGGGAAUUAUGGAAAUAUAAAGAAGAAUCAUUCUCGUAUGAUUGAAAAUCAUUGAUUCUUUAUCUUCAAUAUGAGAAGUGCUUUUUUAAAAUAUAUCUUCUGUAAGUACCUUUCGUUAACAUGUUUCUAUUUUCAAGUAGUUUCUUGUAAAUAGGCGAACAAUUUAUAACUGGACAAUUACAUGAGAACAAAAAACAUAAGUUGCAUGCUGUUUUAACCAGUGAUUUGUUAUGUGAACUGUGUUGAGGGUAAAAUAUUGUUGAAACUAAUAGUAAAUUCGAAAAUGUCGAUAUACAAUAAUCAGAGGUUGAAUUUUAAUUCAACGUCGAUUGCAAACAUAUUUACGUGAAAAUUACGUGAAUGUUCAAGAACUAUGUUCUUUUUAGACCGACUGGAUUGGGAACAAUUUUUCAUACGAUAUCAUCAAAUGUAAUUGGGAAGGUUUGUGUAAAGUUGUAGAAUUCGAUAGAUUCUAGAAAUGAAUUUCAUCAAAAUCUAUUUAUGUAUUUGCACGAUAGAUAAUAGAAACAUGUUUUAAAUUUAUUUGACGUGACAAAUAAGAGCCAGUCAACUAUAAUUUCGUUCCAUAAUAAAUCAGAAUUCAUGUUUCCUCAGCAGAGGGACAAAAUAUAUUAUUGCCCGAGAAAUGUUGGAUUUUGAAAUUACAUUUUACUUUUUCUAACGGAAAAUUACGAUAAUGAUAUUUAUUUAAAUAGCGCAAGUGCAUAGGGAAAAUGGAAGAAUCUAAUCAAUGCAGUAUUAACGUCGAACAAUCGUUUAGUUGCUUAUAAUUAUCAUAUAAAUAUGUACAGAUUGAGGCAAAUAAAGUAAUACAAGGGAA